AUGAAGGUUUUCAUACUAAUUCUUGCUGUUGCUAUUGCUGGUUCACUUGCUUUCGAUCCGGUGUUCGUGGACGAACUUGAAGACUUGGUGCCGAAUAAGCAGGACGAAAGGGAGUUGGAGGCAUUGGAUGAUGAUGAUGAAAUGAUCCGUUCUACAAAGAAGGAGAAAUUGGACGCAAUUUUGGCCAGGCAGUCAGAGUUCAUUCAGAAACGGUUCAAAAUUGAAGUGGAAAGAGAGAAACGUCGCCAUCAAGAAAAGAUUGAAAAGAAAAUCGCAAAAGCCAAGGAUCCUCAAAUCAAGGAGUUCUGGAAAAAAAUCGAAGAAAUUGACAACGAUAUGAGCCUAUCUGAAAAUGAUGCGGACAUCAAAGAAUGGGAGCUCAAGUCCAAAUUGACUCCACAACAACGCAAAACAUUGGAAAAGGACUGA